AUGCUGUCACUGAUACAUCUCCUCCUGGGAGGCUUGGGAUUCCUCGGUCUUUAUCAAGUAUAUUUUUACUUGACUGUGGGUGCUGGUCGCCGUAUGUUGGCAAAAGAACAUGGUUGUAAACCACCUCCGGCAUAUCCGCACAGAGAUCCCAUCCUUGGCCUGGAUCUAGCUCUGAAGGUCAAGGCUCAUAAGAAGACCAACACCAUCCUUGAAGAGCUCCAAAAGCGCCAUCACCUAUACGGGAAUACUUACUCACUCAAUAGUCUAGGGACGCCGGCGAUUUCUACCUGCGAGCCCGAUAACAUUAAAACCGUGCUGUCUCUUAAAUUCGCAGAUUAUGAAAUCAACCACGUCAGGAAGAAGGGCUUCCACAGUGUUUUCGGAUGGGGCAUAUUCACCACAGACGGCCCUCAAUGGGAGCACUCGAGAACUAUGUUGCGGCCAAAUUUCAACCGUUCCCAGGUUGCUGACCUGGUUACCUUUGAAGCUCACAUAAAGGAUCUUGUCAACACCAUCCCGACAGAUGGAUCUACUGUUGACCUGCAACCACUUUUCUUCGACCUCACGUUAGACACGGCAACCGAAUUUUUGUUUGGAGAAUCAGCCAAUACUUUGCAGAAAAACAACAAGUCCCUUGAAGGUGAAAACUUCGGUGAAGCUUUCACAUACUGCACGACAGAAAUUGGGAAUUCCUUGAGAUUUGGACUUCUUGAUAGAUAUUUCAAAACCGACAAGCGAUUUGUUACGGAUGAGAAACUCAUCCAUGAUUUUGCCGAUCGAUAUGUAAUGAAAGCUCUCGAGCAUCACAUGAACGAGAAGCAAGGACGGCUUCCCGUGCAAGAAAAGGGGCGCCGUUAUAUUUUCCUGCAUGAACUGGUUAAGCAGACUCAAGAUCCCCUAGCCCUCCGCUCUGAAACCUUGAACAUUUUACUUGCUGGCCGUGACACUACAGCGAGUCUAUUGGCGAAUGUCUGGAACAUAAUCUCCAAACGAGCCGAUGUGUGGAACAAAUUGCAGAUGGAAGUUGAGCAGCUGGAUGGAAAGAAGCCCACAUUCGAAGAAAUGAAAAAUAUGAAAUAUCUUCGCUAUGUUCUUAACGAAACCCUGCGCCUCUGGCCUGUCGUUCCAGUCAAUUCACGUACUGCAAUCUGUGAUACUAUCCUCCCACGGGGUGGUGGACCAGACGGAUCGCACCCCAUCCUUGUCAAAAAGGGUACCUCACUCGGCUACAGCGUCUAUACCAUGCAGAGACGCAAGGACAUUUACGGACCCGAUGCUUCUGAAUUCAAACCCGAGAGAUGGGAGACCUUCAGACCUGGGUGGGAGUAUCUACCCUUUAAUGGUGGGCCGCGGAUUUGUCUUGGUCAACAAUUCGCACUCGCGGAAGCUUCGUACACCACAAUCCGCCUUAUGCAGCACUUCCGCACCAUUGAGUCGCGUGACCCUGAACCGUGGAGGGAGUGGAUUACAAUAACAUGCGCCAGUCACCAUGGUGCUAAAGUUGCGCUGAAACCGUGA